AUGCUCCAGGGCUGCCCAGGUGCCCAGGUGCCCUGGCACCUGCCCAGGUGGCUCUGCCACUUCUUCUCUCCCAUUCUUCUACAACCGCAUCUCCCUCUCCCAACCACGCACGCACCGAUCUUUUACAGAGAUAUUGAAUCUCGCCCUUCGCUCACUUUAUCAAUACCCAUUUUAAACGCCGUUUACUACAAAAAGGCCGAGUUUAUGUCCAUCGAAAACCUCAAGACCUUCGACCCCUUCGCCGAAGCCGACGAAGAUACCGGCGAGACUAAACAGUCUCAGAACUAUAUCCACAUACGGAUUCAGCAACGCAAUGGUCGUAAGACUCUGACUACUGUUCAGGGUCUUCCCAAGAAGUUCGACCAGAAGAAGAUUCUCAAGGUCAUCAAGAAGAAGUUCGCUUGCAAUGGCACCAUCGUCUCUGACACUGAGAUGGGCGAGGUGAUUCAGCUGCAGGGAGACCAGAGAAAAGAUGUCCAGGAGUUCUUGACUGACAAGAAGGAGGGACUCAAGCUUGAUGCCAAGACCAUCAAGGUCCACGGGUUCUAA